AUGUCGGGCAACAACGCUGUUAUUGACGCUGGAUCGCAAUCCUACCAUCACCUAUUCACUCCAAGAAAGCCUAAGGACAAGGAGGAAUACCUCGGCGUUAUCCGUCUUGCGAGUGAUGACAAGAGUAUUGAAGGCCUCCCCGUGGCAACACCUCCUUUCCGAGAUGAUGGCAAGGCACACAUUGGAGUCGCCGCUACGGCCUUGUUACAGUUAAGUGUGGAGGAUAUCGCAAACUCAAAGGAAGCGUACACAAUCGAGGACGCCAAGCUGAAGAGUGAAGCCGAUGCCCGAGUGAGGUCUACGCUGAGUAAGCAGGACUCGACACGUGCUGUAUUGAACCAGAUGCGAACUGAACUUCAAGAGCUACAGGCACAAGACGCAGCGUUACCACCUCAAAGUCGCGUCGACUCGGAGGAGUGGGAGAUUGAUCUAGACUAUGGAGAUCUGUUGACUCGACAGGGCGAUGAGGCGUGCGAUGAAGUGCGCAAUGCGCUUGCGUUUGCUGUGGAGAAAGAGGAGCUUCUACUGCUUAAGAUGCGAGAGACGUACGUGGGUCCGCUGGCUGUAGAGCUGCUGACGUUGCGUGCGUUUGAAAGUGGAUUAAGUGUCCAGUCCUUCCGCACCAUGAAGAUGCCGGCAACUUUACAGAAACGACUCGCAGAGAUCCACACUGCCGACGCUGCUGCCAAGAAGCAGCCAUCUACUGGAGCGAAGACUGGUCCACCUAGACGAGCGUCGGUAUUAGAUACCAUGGAGAAGGACACUGCGCUGGACGAGGACUUUCCCUUAAAAGAAGAUGAGCGACGUAAGCUCAUGAGUCAUAACGAUCCUGCUGUCGGUGGGAAUUGCGCAGCAUCAAGCGGUCUGACAGCAGUACAGGAGACUAGUGGGUCAAAGUCCGUUCACGGCUUCGAGGCGCGCAAACGACUGCGCACGGAGCGAAAGGAGAGACUGGCACGCUGGCAGAGCAACAAACCAGGCGAAGAUGCCGACGAUCCCAGAGACGUGGUCGCGAUCGCCUUUGCUCAACGCAACAUGGGCGACUACAAGCUGAAAACGGCUGCAGACUACGUGGUUCCAGAACAUCAGCGUGUCAACGCAGUGAAGAAAUUGAGGCAGAUGGCGCUCUUGGAGGAGAGUCUGUAUGCCGCACGCUUGCGCUUCAACGCCAAAGUGCUGGAGCUUCGCGAGUUGAAGGUGCAGCUGAUCAACGAGCUGCAUCGCGACCAGGAACGACUAGUCGAACUUCGAGCCGCAUUAGCGUCCAGCGGCGCAACACCAUCCAGCGUGUCGUCCAAAGAUCUAGUUGUGGACCUUCGCGAGUGGCCGGAGCAGCGGGAGCGCGUAAGCGACGCCGACAUUGAGCUCUUCCGUUCGAGAGCAGAAGAUCGAUCCAUCGCUGCCGUCGCACGAGCUCUGGAAGGAACGUCGGGAAAGGAGGCUGCAAAGGGCGUCACCAUUGGCCAUUUACAUCUGCAGAUGGACGACGAGCUACCGCUCGAGCGCAAGCAGCAACGCGAGAUAGCGUCGUUUGACGCUGCUGUGGCUCACCUCCGUCGCGAGAAACUCGCUCUCGAGGUCGGCUUCAAGCAAGCGGAACUUCGGCUGUUCACUCUCCUUAGCGAGUUGUCGCUGCUUGAGUCGUUCGAGAGCAAGGAAAACCUGUUGAGCAGUAAACUCGAGAAGAGUAAAGGGGAAAAGGCGCAGAUUGUGGCGGACCUGCGCGAUGUCCAAGACCUGCUGACGAUCAAGAAACGCGAUCUGGAUGAAUGGGCGCGACAGGAGAAGGCUGUGCAAGCAGAGUUCCUGACGCUUGUGAACGGCGGCACGGGGAAGCUGUUUAAGCGCAAGAUCAAGCGAGCUAAGAAGAAACCCGCUUCAGGUGGCAAGGAAGAAGGGAAAGAGCCUGCCAGUGCGAGAGACGGCGAGGAGCAAGAAGACGACGAUGAAGAAGAAGAGGACGAAGACGAAGACUAUGACGAAGAUGACGACGACGAUGACGAAGAAGAAGAGGAUACUUGUCCGUCUGGAUGCGACUUGACUCUGUACGAGAAGGUGUUGGCCCUGCGUGAGAAGCGUGUCGAUGUAGACGACGCCAUGGGGGAGCUGAACAAGGCGAUCGAAGAGCUUCGGAAGGCCGGAGAGCGUCAGACAGCCAAGCAGCGUGCGAUCGACAAGGAGCUGGCUGCGACGGAGCAGGAUACGCAGCAGUUCCAGAGUGAAAAGCAGUCGCGCUUCAACCAGCUGGACGUCGUAGUGCCGCUCCGUACGCGGCAACUAUGUUGUCUUGAAGCUCCGUCUCCGACUCGGCAAAACUGGACGCUACCUGCUCAAGCUGCUGGCUGCCUCGUGUUCACCACUCGCGCCUUCUCUGCGUUGUCCGAGCGUAUCGAGUCGCUGCAAGCAGAGAACAAGAAGCUGCGUCAACAGUUCCGAGACCUCCACAAGCAGCAGAACGUGCUUGCUAAGGAGAAGCGUCAACAGCAAGAAGCCAUUGCAAGAGCUCAGGACCGCAGCGAGCAGCUCAUGCGACUGAAAUUCGGACAGCUAGUGGACCUGGAGGUGCUGGAUCGCGCUUGUGACGCGUCUUCGGUCGACGAGCUGCAGACUCGCGUCAAGUUACGCGAGGUCGAAGGUGAGCGAGCUCUGCGUCGUGCCAAGCAGACGCACCCGCAGCUGUAA